CGUGUGUGAGCUUCGCGGGUCCGGUGGCGCCGUGGACAAGAUGCCCGAGAUCAGAGUCACGCCCUUAGGGGCUGGCCAGGAUGUGGGCCGAAGCUGCAUCCUGGUGUCCAUCGCAGGCAAGAACGUCAUGCUGGACUGUGGGAUGCACAUGGGCUUCAAUGACGACCGGCGCUUCCCUGACUUCUCCUACAUCACUCAGAACGGCCGCCUCACAGACUUCCUGGACUGUGUGAUUAUCAGCCACUUCCACCUGGACCACUGUGGGGCACUCCCCUACUUCAGCGAGAUGGUGGGCUACGACGGGCCCAUCUACAUGACGCACCCUACCCAGGCCAUCUGCCCCAUCCUGCUGGAGGACUACCGCAAGAUCGCCGUGGACAAGAAGGGCGAGGCCAACUUCUUCACCUCCCAGAUGAUCAAAGACUGCAUGAAGAAGGUGGUGGCCGUCCACCUCCACCAGACAGUCCAGGUGGAUGACGAGCUGGAGAUCAAGGCCUACUAUGCAGGCCAUGUGCUGGGGGCAGCCAUGUUCCAGAUUAAAGUGGGCUCAGAGUCUGUGGUCUACACGGGUGAUUACAACAUGACCCCAGACCGACACUUGGGAGCUGCCUGGAUUGACAAGUGCCGCCCCAACCUGCUCAUCACAGAGUCCACGUAUGCCACGACCAUCCGAGACUCCAAGCGCUGCCGGGAGCGAGACUUCCUGAAGAAAGUCCACGAGACCGUGGAGCAUGGUGGGAAGGUGCUGAUCCCCGUGUUCGCGCUGGGCCGCGCCCAGGAGCUCUGCAUCCUGCUGGAGACCUUCUGGGAGCGCAUGAACCUGAAGGUGCCCAUCUACUUCUCCACGGGUCUGACUGAGAAGGCCAACCACUACUACAAGCUGUUCAUCCCCUGGACCAACCAGAAGAUCCGCAAGACUUUCGUGCAGAGGAACAUGUUCGAGUUCAAACACAUCAAGGCCUUUGACCGGGCUUUUGCUGACAACCCAGGGCCAAUGGUUGUGUUUGCCACGCCAGGAAUGCUGCACGCCGGGCAGUCCCUGCAGAUCUUCCGGAAAUGGGCAGGAAACGAGAAGAACAUGGUCAUCAUGCCCGGCUACUGCGUGCAGGGCACCGUGGGCCACAAGAUCCUCAGUGGACAGCGGAAGCUGGAGAUGGAGGGGCGGCAGGUGCUGGAGGUCAAGAUGCAGGUGGAGUACAUGUCAUUCAGUGCCCAUGCGGACGCCAAGGGCAUCAUGCAGCUGGUGGGCCAGGCAGAGCCGGAAAACGUGCUGCUGGUGCAUGGCGAGGCCAAGAAGAUGGAGUUCUUGAAGCAGAAGAUUGAGCAGGAGCUCCGGGUCAGCUGCUACAUGCCGGCCAAUGGCGAGACGGUGACGCUGCCCACGAGCCUCAGCAUCCCCGUAGGCAUCUCGCUGGGGUUGCUGAAGCGGGAGAUGGCGCAGGGGCUGCUCCCUGAGGCCAAGAAGCCGCGGCUCCUGCACGGCACCUUGAUCAUGAAGGACAGUAAUUUCCGGCUAGUGUCCUCAGAGCAAGCCCUCAAAGAGCUGGGCCUGGCUGAGCACCAGCUGCGCUUCACCUGCCGCGUGCACCUGCACGAUACGCGCAAGGAGCAGGAGACUGCACUGCGUGUCUACAGCCACCUCAAGAGCAUCCUGAAGGAGCACUGUGUGCAGCACCUCCCGGACGGCUCAGUGACGGUGGAGUCCAUCCUGAUCCAGGCCGCUGCCCCCUCCGAGGACCCAGGCACCAAGGUGCUGCUGGUCUCUUGGACCUACCAGGAUGAGGAGCUGGGGAGCUUCCUCACGUCCCUGCUGAAGAAAGGCCUCCCCCAGGCUCCCAGCUGAGGCCGGCCGCCCACCUCUGCCUUCACCCAGCUGGAGAGACCUGGGCCUGCACUUCAGGACGGUGGGUGCGCUGGGUGGACAGACCCUGCGGAUCCAGUCCCUGGGGACAGAGGCUGUGGGUCACCUGCCUGCCCGAGUAGCUGUUUGCAGCUAAAGAAAUAAACUGACCUCCGGGCUGUUUUGCCUUUAUUCUUGCUCCUGGCCCUCAAAACAAUGGUUAGGGCAGGGGGUCCCAGACAGCAGUUUCCAGUAAAAGCUGAACAAAAGAC